AGUCUCUCUCUCUCUCUCUCUCCACUCGUUCCAUUACUUUUCUUCUUGUCUCUCUCCAGAACGCCAUGGAAGCAGCUGGAUAUUUUAAUGACUGGGAAAUGCUCCAGAACCCCGAUGCGAAUCUCGUUACCGCACCCGAUUCGUCUGAAAGUUGGAGCGAUUUUGAUAGAGCCAAAACUGACUCUGGUGGUGUGAUUAGGUCGGAUUACUUCGCUAUCGAUUCUGAGAAGGUCGUGGAGGGUGAUGGGGAAGUGGGGUUUAUCGAAUCGGGUGAUCGGAGCUCUGUCGAUUCUUGUCUGAAUCAUGGGCAGGGAGAUGAUGCGGAAAAGCAAGUGGGUUUUGACGGAAUCGAGAUUCCGCGUGGGAAUUUGGGAGGUUUGGGAUCGAAUUCUGGCAGCGACAGGUUGGAUGCUGAGGAAUUCGGGGACUUCGAGGGAAAAAGCGAUUUGGGUUGCGAAGAUGAUGCAAAAAAGGCGGUGGGUUCUGGAGGAAUUGAGCUUCCGAGUGGGAAAUUGAGUGAUUUUUUGUUGGAUUCGGGUGGUGAUGGGUCGGUUGCCCAGAAAUUCGAGGGUUUUGAUGGGGGAAAUGUGUUGGGCUUUGAGGAUGAUGUGAAAGAGGAAGUGGGUUUUGAAGGAAUUGGAGAAACUGAAGGUGUCGAGGUUGAGCCAAAGAAUUUCAGAGAGUUUUGGUCCGAUAUGAGUAGCGAUGAUGGCAUGGUUUUCGAGAGUAGUGGCUUUGAUGAAAAAAUCGAGAUGGGUUAUGAAGAAGAUGCGAAAGGUGAGGUGGGUUUCGAAGGAAUCACAACGGAGCAUAAGAAUCCCAAUGAGUUUUUGAUGGGUUCCGGUGGUGAUGAGCUGAUUGCUGGUGAAUCAGGGGGUGUUGAGGGUGAAGGUGAGUUGAGUGAUGUUCAAUCUCCGAAGAGGGGAGAUGGGUCGCAGUCCCGUGGGAUCAAGGAGGCAGAGGGAGCAGUUAUGUCUGAUUCUGUUGAGUUUGUUGAGAGAGAUGGAGAUGAAUCUCCAUUAGGGGUGGACGAUGCUGCUGCUGGUGAGGUGAAAUCGGGUGAGGGAGCAAAGAAGGUGGUGGUUUGGUGGAAGCUGCCUUUGGAGCUUCUGAAAUUCUGUGUCUUCAGGGUUAGUCCUGUUUGGUCCAUCUCGAUAGCUGCAGCUGUGAUGGGGAUUAUUAUUCUGCGGAGGAGAUUGUAUAGGAUGAAACUAAAGAGCCAAAGCAUUCCUCUGAAUCUUAAUGACGAGAAGAAGGUGUCUGAGGUCAUGGUACGUGUGGCCCGUUUCAACGAGGCAAUUUCGGUCGUGAGGCGCAUACCUGUAGUGCGAUCUUCGUUGCCGGCGGCCGGGGGAGUGAUCCCGUGGCCUGUGGUGAGCUUGAGAUGAGUAGGUAUGACAGAGACGUGUUUAACUAAAAUGAGGUCAGUAGAGAAACAUAUCUAUCACACUUUCAUUUUAUAUCUCAAUAUUUACUCUCUUGGGGUAGCCUUCGUUUUCAUUUUACUUACGUAUGAAGUUGAAUUAAAUAACUUGAAAGUUCUCAGGGACAUAUAUUUAUGUUUUGGAUAUUUUCUUACGUGGGCCGGAAGUGACACGUCUGUACCCAUGUAUUAAAAUGUUUUGAAGAGAGUUUUGUAUAAAUUUUUAUUUUAAUUCAUCAAAAAAGCAUAAGUUGUGUAAA